AUGUCUUUUGCUUCAAUCUCCAGGUUUGGAUUCUUCGCAACUCUGUUGCUCGUGGUAGCUGAGUCGUUUGCUCAGGCACGCCGCCUAUCGGAGCUCCAGAUGAGGUUCUUGAACAGCUCAACACAGGCGAAGCCUUCAUAUGAUUAUGUGAUCGUCGGAGCAGGAACUGCCGGCUUGGCAGUAGCAGAUCGUUUGACAGCGGAUGGGAAAACUACCGUUUUGGUCAUUGAAAAUGGCAAAGUAGUCGACUCUCCUAGAAUUAACCAAGUUUUCUCUGGUACUGCUGCCAUGGGCCCGACUUGGUCGUACCAGAUCAACUCGGUUCCUCAAGUCAACCUACAGAACCGGAGCAGAGCGGUUAUAGCUGGCAACUUAGUUGGCGGUAGCUCGGCGAUUAAUGCAAUGAUGACCUUUCGAGGGACGUCAGAAGAUUACGACCGAUGGGGUAGUUUCUUCAGUAAUAGCUCUACUUGGUCUUGGGAUGGCCUUCUACCUUAUUUAAAGAAGGGUCUUACUUUUGUGCCCCCUGACCCUGCCGUGGCGAAAUCUGUGAACCUCACGUUUGACACUUCAUUCUGGGGUAACGGUUCCAACGUAUACGUAGGAUGGCCAUUCUUCCAGUGGCCCGGUUUAACUACGCAAAUGGAGGCCUUUAGAGACAUACCUGGUGUUGAGUUCCCCCCUGACAGUGGUGCAGGCAGGGCAGGUGUUUACUGUUUUCCGACUUUCAUGGACCCUAAAAAAGUUCAAAGGUCAUACGCUAGGACUGGACAUUACGAUGUCGUUACCCAGUCUCAUGUGACGAAAGUUCUUCUCGAAGAGGGGACUGCCACGGGAGUUGUUUUCCGACAAAAGAAUGGCAAUGCUACCACCCUCACCACAGUCAAGGCCAAUCGUGAGGUUAUACUUUCUGCGGGCGCGAUUCACUCUCCCCAACCGUUGCAGCGCAGUGGGAUUGGGCCUGGCUUAAAUACGAUCGUUAACCUACCUGGCGUCGGCCAAAACUUCCAGGAUCACCCAAUGCUACUCAUGAGCAUUGUCCUCCGGAACUUUACGACUCACCCGAGCCCAUUGGAUAUGUUUGGUGGGAACAAGAAUUUCACUGACUGGGCACAGGAGUUAUGGAGAGCCAACAAGACUGGACCAUACUCGAUGGGUAUUGGCAAUGCUGCUGCAUGGCUAGGCAUGCCUGUAAUUCUCCUGAGAGGGUAUAGCGCGCAAAUGAAGAAGAUGGCGGCGUCAAUCCGUUCCUCAAACACGGCUUUCUACAACCACGUCCUAACUGGAGCCGGAUCUUCGGGCACGUUGGUAGAUUUGCAUCCACUCAGUCGCGGCACAGUGAACAUCAACACCACAGACCCAUUCAACAUAGAACCCAUAGUUGACUAUAGGGCCCUUACCAAUCCUGUCGAUCUCGACAUCAUGAUCGAGAUGCUCCGAUUCACCAAGCGAUAUUUCUUCGAGACAAGACUAAAGGAGCUUCCCCCCAGGCAGGUACAGCCGCCCGACUACGUUAACGAGCCCGAAUAUUUAGCCGGCUUCUUGACGCAGAACCUUAGCGUGGUUGACGAGAGCCUGAAGGUGUACGAUGUGAAGAAUCUGAGGGUCGUCGAUGCUAGUAUCAUGCCUACAUUACCUGGAGCCAACACUUGCCAGAGUGUCUAUGCCAUUGCUGGGAAGGCAGUCGACCUCAUCAACGCUGAUUCGUAA